AUGGCGGACGUGGAACAAAAGCAUCGCAAGUCAGUUGCUUUCAGCGAAGGUUCGGUCAUCAUGGAUACCAACGGCCAAGUUACAGAGGCUCCCGCUGCCGAGAAGCCAGCCGAUAAGGAUGUCGACGAGGUUACUGAGAUGUUCAAGGGUCUUUCAAAAAAGAAGAAGUCCAAGAAGUCCAAGGAUACCGAUGGCGAUGAAGAGACACCCGCCGCUGACGGCGAGUUCGAUCCCUCCUCUCUGAAGAAGAAGAAGAAGAAGCCCAAGAAGGACGACUUCGAGGCCAAGCUUGCCGAAGCUGGCGUUGAAGAGGGUGGUGAGGAGGCUGCUGAGGAGGUCAUCCCCGAAGGUGACCUCGAGGCUGGUACCGGUAUCUGGCAACAUGACGCUACUCAGGCCAUUCCCUACUCUCUCCUCGUCUCCCGAUUCUUCUCCCUCAUCCAGAGCCACCACCCCGACAUGCUCUCCAGCGGCACCAAGUCCUACAAGAUUCCCCCGCCCCAGUGUCUGCGUGAAGGAAACCGUCGUACCAUUUUCGCCAACAUCGCCGAUAUCUGCAAGCGCAUGAAGCGUUCUGAUGACCACGUCAUGCAGUUCCUGUUCGCUGAAUUAGGUACUAGCGGUAGUGUGGACGGUAGCCGACGUCUCGUCAUCAAGGGUCGUUUCCAGCAGAAGCAGAUCGAGAACGUUUUGCGGCGGUAUAUCGUUGAAUACGUCACCUGCAAGACCUGCCGCAGCCCCGAUACCGAGUUAAACAAGGGUGAGAACCGUCUGUACUUCGUUACUUGCAACUCUUGUGGAUCGCGUCGUUCCGUCGCCGCUAUCAAGACUGGUUUCCGUGGACAAGUUGGUCGCCGAAAGCGUACUGGUUAA